AUGUCUUUCAGUAAUUAUGGCCUUUACGGAGAUUCCGGAUCGACGACUCAACCACCAUCAUCACUCAACAAUGAAAGUGGUGUUCAUUUCCAAAAUUCAUCGGUAACUUCCUACUUGUCCUCACAACGAAAAUUUGCAAAGCCUUUGGAUGCCGGAAAAACUGAAUUACGGAUUGAUGAAAGCAAUUUUAGAAGAGAAGAUGAUUUGGAAAGUCAUUAUCGGGGAGACGUUGGAAAGAAGAAGAGUGCUGUAAAGAGUGCUUUGGUGAAUUUAGUGAAAGCUGUUGUGAUUAUGAUGUUAUUUGCCUUCUUUGUAGGAGUGGUGAUUUUAAUUGUUCAGUUGGUGGAGUUGUUCCAUGCUUCGCAGAUUGCCGAUUAUAACAUUCAUAUUAAGUUGAGUGCUGAAUGUGAAGCUGUAGCAAUGGGUAUCAAUAACAGAGUGACAGACAUGGAUCCAAACCAACAAAUUAAUUUCAAUAUUACUCAUCAACCUCACAUAACGUUGUACUUGACAAGAUUUAUUUCCGAAUUUAGAGAUACUAUUGUGAGUGACGUGAACAACACCUUAAUAUCUCAGUUUAAUACCCUCAAUUUGGGUAAUUGCUCGAUAUCUACCACUACUUAUUUUAAUGUGUCAGGCUCUUAUGCCAUGUGGGACGUUCAUAAUUCGCCAUGUCUUCAAGGCCUCAACAAUGCAAUUGUUAAUGCCACAAGUCGUUACGUUGAUCCACGAAGUAAGAGCACAAUUCCUUCCUGGGUCAAUAAUUUGCCACCUCAACUUCGCCAAGUGAAAGUUUUGAUGAUUCAACAAUACGGUUCACCUAAUGUUUUUUCACAAUUUCAACCUCAUGUGACCAUAGCACAUGAUGAUGUGACUCCAACACAACUAGACUCUGCCGUUCGUGCAAUUGGAACUCCUGUACCAUGCACCUAUAAACUCAGAUAUGUGAGCAUUGGCCUCACUGGAGAUUAUGGUACAGUAUUGAGAGGAAAAGAUGUUGCUAUCUUUGAUUUGGAGCAGCUUUAA